GCACUGAUCAAACAACUAGAGCCAUUAGGUAUCAACAGCAAGCCACAGAUGUUGUCUCGAUUCAUGGAGGUUUACAGACAAAUGUGGGGCCUCAAUGGGGACCAUGUCAGCAAGAUAUACGCUGGAACUGGAGCUCUUGGAGGGGGCAGAUCAAAGGCAAAGGAUGCUGCAAGAUCUGCAACAAGGACGAUACAGAAUAACUUCAUGGACCGCAGCAAACAGGAAGCAAUCGACAUACUGUUGCUUGGCAGUGCACUGAACAGUGAACUUGCGGACAAAGCUAGGGCACUUCUCUCUACUAAUAGUUUGCAUGCCUCUCCUAGUAUCCUACAUGAGAUGGUCAGCAGACAUUAUGAAUACACCAGUCCUGUGCCAAUUAGAGUUGCUGUUGGAACUUGGAAUGUCAAUGGGGGUCAACAUUUCCGCAGUAUUGCUUUUAAACAUGAGUCCAUGGAUGAUUGGCUGCUCGAUGCUAGAGCAAUGAACAAGAAGAAAACAGAUAAAUUAUUAUCAUUUGAUGAGCCAUGUGAGGACUUGCAAUCCCCCAUUGAUAUAUAUGCAAUAGGAUUUGAGGAAAUAGUGGACCUUAAUGCCAGUAACAUCAUGAGUGCAAGCACUUCAAAUCAGAAUGUCUGGGGAAAAGAACUUCAGAAAACAAUCUCAAGGGAACAUAAAUAUGUCCUACUUACAUCAACGCAGUUGGUUGGAGUCUGUCUGUUUGUCUUUGUUAGACCUCAUCUGGCCCCUUUCAUAAGAGAUGUAGCAAUUGAUACAGUUAAAACUGGGCUUGGUGGUAAAACAGGAAAUAAAGGAGGUGUAGCUAUAAGGUUCCUUCUCCACAGCACAUCUAUCUGUUUUGUAUGUUCUCACUUUGCUGCUGGUCAAUCCAAUGUAGCAGAGAGGAAUAGCGAUUUUAAAGAUUUUGUUAAAAAGAUUGCUUUUCCCAUGGGUCGCACAUUGUCUUCUCACGAUUAUGUAUUCUGGUGCGGGGAUUUCAACUACAGGAUUGACCUUCCAAAUGAUGAAGUAAAACAACUUGUUAAAGCAGAGAAUUGGAGUGCACUCCAAGCAUGUGAUCAACUUAUACAACAAAAAGAAGCUGGCAAUACAUUUAAUGGAUAUAACGAAGGACUUCCAAACUUUGCGCCGACCUACAAAUAUGACUUGUUCUGCCAGGAUUAUGACACGAGUGAGAAGAAGAGGACACCUGCAUGGACAGACAGGGUCUUGUGGAGAAGGAGAGACCUGCCAAGGAAAUCUGAUUGUGACCUACCACCCCCUUGUCCGGGAAAGUUAUUAUUGUACGACAGAGCAGAGUUGAAGACGUCAGAUCAUAGACCUGUCAUAGCCAUCAUAGAAGCUGAGAUUUUAGAGGUUAAUGAAGAUCUCAGAGAGAGCAUCUAUCAAGAGGUUAUCUCUAUACAAGGUCCACCAGAUGGCACUGCUAUAGUUACAUUAGCCAAUCAGAAAGAGUUCUCUGAUGAAGUCAUAGAUGGUAUAUUAACAAUGUUUGCAGAAGUUGGCGAAGUGAUUCUUGUCAGGUUUGUUGAUGAUGGAAUGUGGCUUACAUUCAGAAAUGGACAGUUGGCUCUUCAAGCUCUUCACUGUGAUGGAAAGGAGGUUGAGGGAACCACUCUAAAGGUGGCACUGAAGACCAAGGGCUGGAUGAAGCAGCUUCUGAAAGAGUUUGAGAUGGGGCAGUCCAACACCAAGGCUCUCUAUAGUGCCACAACAAACAGUCUUCUUGGAGAGGACUUCAACAUCCCUUCUCUUUCAUUUGACAUUGAUGAUGAAGAUGAAGAAGUGAUGAGUCUACAGGCCAGCAGCAAUAAUGGCACCCCUCUUGGAUCAGGUCGAAACACUCCUGUGACUUCUGAAUCACCAUGCUUUGAUGGAGCACCCGGGGGUCCACCUUCCCGUCCUGGGCCCCCACCCAGCAGGCAAGAACCCCCAGACAGGCCCAUUGAUGCCGAGAGUCCUCAACUGACCUCAGAUACAACACAACCUCCAGAUGUGUUAAUACAGCCUGAGUUUGAGAUUUCCCUGGGUGGCCCUCCUCCACAAGUCACCCAGGAACCUAAGAAAGCUGGGCCCCCUCCAAGACCUGGGGCCCCACCUUCCAGACCUCCCCCUCCAUCUAGAUCAAUGCCUCCACCUAGCAAUACAGCCCCACCCUCAGGCGCACCAAUUAAGCCACCAUCAUCUCCUGUGAGGCAAAGAAAGGCUGAGGCAGCUUUGAAAUCACAACAGACCAAAUCUAAACCAAUGCUAAGACCACAUAUGAUGUCAAAGUUUAAGGCACUAACUGCGAAACCACUAACACAUGGAAAUGCUGGGGCUGCUGUUAUCAGUAGACCAACCACAAUGACGCAUACGGCUCAUGCCACAAAUGAAAUGGAGGCCCAGAAACUCAUAGAGAGGCUUAUGAAUCAGAGCAUGGACCAAGAUCUUCCCCCACCCCUCAUGCCAAAAGCAG